UCGUUUGUGUUGGGGAACCAGUCUCUGGUGUACUUGGUGCCGUCAAUCAUCACACUUGACUUGAUGAGGAUCGGCAGGAUCUGGACGGGCGAGCGGGUGUUCUGGGUCUCCUUCAUCUGCUUUAGAGCCACCUCGAUCUCGAUCAUCGGCAUCUGUCUCAUGACUGAAGCACAACUCGUGGUCAGCGAAUCCAACAUCGGGCAUGGGCGUCCCACUCAUCCAACUUUAUUCCGGUGGGUGGAUUCCAUCCUCUCGACCGCUUCGUCCUCGAUUGCAAGUCCUGCGAUUGUAUCUCCGGUUUCCCUCACCGUCGAUCCGGCCUUGCUGAUGCUCUGGGUGUUUUUGAGACCGUCCUGCUUGAGGAAAGCAUCAAGUCCGUCUGGCGAUGACAGUUGAACAGGUCAGCCAGGGUAGGAUCCCGCCUGUCACAAAUGGGGCGUUGAUGCAUACCACUGGCCGACUUGGACUUUACGACGAUGUUUUGACGAAGGAGGAAGACGGCCCCAAAGCCCGUCUGGGCGGUCGUGUCGCUCUCUGCAUCACUGAUCCUGGCUGGUGUUGCCAUGUGUUGCGCCGACAAGUGAGCACCCUGGAACCCUUUGAGCACCAAGUUCGUCCCUGCCAUUUCUCCACAUGACCUUAAUAUGAUGCCGAUUCUUUGGGCAGAGGCGCACCGUUCUCUCGCCGGCCAUCACAUCGAGCCUAUCCUUGCCCGAUAGCGAACGCACUCUGCUGCCCCCGGGUUGUUCGUGGGCCUGGCCUGGGCUCGCAGCGCGCCC